AUGUGAUUCUUCAUUCUAUUGUACGUUUUGUGCUCUAAUCCAUAACUGUGGUUUUGUCUCGCUGGUGAUUCAUAGCCUAAAACAUACUCUUAGAGCAUCAUAAUAUCUGAACAUUUUCGCCGGUGUUGCGGAAUUCAGGCUGGUGGAACUAUAACAAAAACUUGAUAAAAAGAUGGCUUCUGGUGAAACGCAGACAUUAGAUUAUCAGCAAAGGAGAUGGCAACAUAUCAGGAAGUUGCUGGAGCGCUCGGGCCCAUUUUGUCAUCCAGAUUUCGAACCAUCUGCUGAGAUACUAGAAUUCAUUAUGAACUCCUGCAAGGUUCUUGUUGUAGGAGCUGGGGGCCUUGGAUGUGAAUUGCUUAAAGAUCUUGCAUUAAUGGGUUUCAAGAAAAUUCACAUAGUGGAUAUGGACACAAUUGAACUUUCAAACUUAAAUCGGCAAUUUUUAUUCAGAAAAAAUGAUAUAGGUCUAUCUAAAGCUAAAUGUGCUGUUGAAUUUGUUAACAAAAGAAUACCUGGUUGUGAAGCAGUUGCACAUCAUUGUGCUAUUCAAGAUUUGGAUGAAGGAUUCUACCGUCAAUUUCACAUUGUGGUCUGCGGAUUGGAUUCUAUUGUAGCCAGACGCUGGCUGAAUGGCAUGCUCAUGUCAUUACUUCAAUACAAUGAUGAUAGAAGCUUAGAUCAAAGCAGCGUAAUUCCUCUUGUUGAUGGGGGAACUGAAGGGUUCAAAGGAAAUGCUAGGGUUAUUCUACCUGGAAUGAGUGCUUGCAUUGAAUGCACUUUAGACUUAUAUCCACCUCAGAAAACAUUUCCCCUGUGCACAAUUGCUAACACUCCAAGAUUACCAGAACAUUGCGUUGAGUAUGUAAAAGUAAUACAGUGGGCUAAGGAAAAUCCUUGGGGCGAAAGUACACCACUCGAUGGUGAUGAUCCACAGCAUGUAGGUUGGGUAUUGGAGAAGGCUCAGGAGAGAGCCUUAAAGCAUGGUAUUACAAAUGUAACAUACCGGCUCACACAAGGUGUUCUCAAAAAUAUAAUACCAGCUGUUGCUAGCACUAAUGCUGCCAUAGCAGCCGCUUGUGCUACUGAGGUAUUUAAACUGGCAACGUCUUGCUGCACAAACAUGAAUAACUAUAUGGUAUUGAAUAUGGCUGAUGGGGUGUACACAUACACCUUCAAUGCGGAGCGGCGGGCAGACUGCGUCGCUUGCAGCAAUACCACGAGGGUACUGGAGAUAGAAUCUGACGCCACCUUACAAAGAAUUUACGACAAGCUUUGUGAAGAUCAGGCUUAUAUGAUGAAGAGCCCUGGUAUAACUACAGUCAUAAAUGGUCGCAAUAAGACACUGUACAUGUCUUCAAUUAAAAGUAUUGAGGAAAGAACCAGGGAUAAUUUAAAAAAGAAAUUAUCUGAUCUUGGUCUCUUUAAUGGAGCUGAAAUAUUAGUUGCGGAUAUUACAACUCCUAAUACAGUUACAAUAAAAUUGAAAUUUUCGGAUAAUAUUGAUGUUGACAUGUCGCGUUAAACUUUUUCCAAUAUACAUUUUCCUUAAUUGCAAUAAAAAUC